GCCCGUCUGCCCGCAGCGCUCCCGCCGACAAAUUGCCUGGUACGCCGGCCGUGAUCCGACCACCACCGGCACACGGUUCGCAGCUAAAUAAGUCGUGGCGCGCACCCACCAACGCUUCCAAGGGCAGCGAACUAGCACGCACCAGACAAGUAGUCCCGGGCAGCCCUCACGUCGACCAACACGCGACGCGCUAGCGGACCAGCAACACCACCACCGCGACCAUGAUCGUCGUGACGAACGAGGAGCUCGAGGCCCUCGGCACGGAAGAUGUAUUAGAGGCCGACGACGGCGACGACUUCACGGGCGGCGACGACGACCUCGACUUCAGCGACAUGAAGCCCAUGGACGCCUUCGAGAUGAAGAUGGAGGACCUGGUCGUCGAGUUCGAGCGGCGGGGCAUGCACCCGAAGGGCUUUUUCAAUGAUGACGCUCGAGAACUGCAAAAAGUGCUCGAUAAGGAGUUUUCAGAAAAUCUGGAGAAGUUGAAAGCGGAAAAAAGAGCAGCGCUACAGCGCAACCGCAUGAAGGCCAAGCUCCAGAAGAAGCGGUUACAAUUAGAAAAACAACUACGGGAGGAGCAGGACGCGAUUCAUGAUUCGCUGGAUGCCAAGGCUUGGUUGAAUACAAUAAAGAACAACCAGACGCGCGACGCGUGCCGCAUCGAGUGCGACUCCAUCGUUUGUAGAGCUUUAGCGAAGGCUUUAUGGUCGUCUUCGAGUAUAACGUGCCUGGAUUUGUCGCGGAACGGCCUGUCGGACUUUGCGGGCGCGCAACUAGGCCGGAUGCUGAAGCGCAACACGAGUAUCGGGACCUUGGACGUCUCGGAGAACCGCUUCGGCCCGCGGUGCUGCCGGAGUGUGGGGGAUGCGCUCACCGUCAAUACCACCCUAAGGGCGCUGAACAUGGAGACGAACCCCCUCACGAACGAGUCGACGGACCAGACCGGCGUCGUGGCGCUCGCCAAAGCGUUAGGGUCGAACACAACACUCACACGGUUGAACAUGUGGCGCUGCGACCUCGGCACGGCCGCGGGCGCGGCCAUCGCGGACGCGCUGGUGGCCAACGAAACUUUGAUAGAUUUCGACGUGGGCCACGGCGGCAUUCUGGAAUUGGACGCCCAGCGCAUCGCCGACCGCAUCGCGCACAACAAGCGUGAAACCAAAGCGAAAAACAAGCGGGAAAAGGCGUACCGCGACCAGCUCGCGCGCGAGGAGGCCGGCCGCAAGGCCAUGGCCGACGCCGAGGAGGAGCGGAGGUUGUUGGAGGUCUACUACCAGGAGCAGCGCGACGCGCGGGCCCUCGAGCGCAUGGUGGCCAUGGACGAGGAGCGGCGGCAGCGCAAGGAGGCCGAGGCGAAAAUCGCAGAUGAAUUAGCGGCCAAGAAUAAGGCCGCACGCGACGCGGCCGCCAAAAAAGCUAAAAAGAAGGGCAAGAAAUAAGCCGCCGUAACUAAAACUUUGAGCAUUAGGUAGUUCCGAGUCCGAGUCACGAUUCAAGUUCAC